GGGGUUAUAUAAACAAUAACUUCUGUCAGUCAUACAGCAGCAGCAGACAAAGAUUCUUCUUGACUGGUACAACCAUCACAUUAUGAUGACCAAAUUAAUUUUUCUAGCUGGCUUUUCCCUUGCGUUGUGUCACUUUGGAUGGGCCUCCGAACUGGUUUGCUACUUCACAAACUGGUCUCAGUACAGACCUGGUGUUGGCAAGUACAUGCCAGAAAAUGUGGAUCCACAGCUGUGCACUCAUUUAAUUUAUGCCUUUUCCAUCAUUAAUUCGGCAAAUGAGUUGAGCACUUUUGAAUGGAAUGAUGAAACUCUCUACAAAUCUUUCAAUGGACUAAAGGAAAAAAAUCCCAGCUUGAAAACUCUCUUGGCUGUCGGAGGAUGGAACUUUGGCUCAGAACAAUUUAGUAUCAUGGUGUCCUCACCAGCAAACAGGACGACGUUUAUUCAGUCCUCCAUCACAUUUCUGAGGAAACAUGGCUUUGAUGGUCUGGAUCUGGACUGGGAGUAUCCAGGUUCCCGUGGAAGUCCUCCAGAAGACAAGCAGAGGUUCACUCUGCUCUGUAAGGAGCUCUUGGAAGCUUAUGAGGCAGAGGGUGCUGCUACUGGACGUCCCAGACUCAUGCUCACUGCUGCAGUGGCUGCUGGGAAAGGAACCGUUGAUGAUGGUUAUGAAAUUGCAGAAAUUGCCAAGUAUUUGGACUUCAUUAAUGUGAUGACCUAUGACUUCCACGGCUCAUGGGAAAAUGUCACCGGGCACAACAGUCCUCUGUACGCUGGCUCUGGAUACCCAGGAGGCAACAUCUACUAUUACACUGAUUUUGCAAUGAGAUACUGGAGAGAUCAGGGCGCUCCUGUGGAGAAGCUGAGGAUGGGCUUUGCUACAUAUGGAAGAACAUUUCGCCUGUCUUCACUUUCUGGACCUAGUGGAGUUGGAGCUUCAGCUAAUGGUCCUGGAUCAGCUGGAAACUACACCAGAGAGGACGGAUUCUGGUCCUAUUAUGAGGUCUGUACUUUCCUUCAAGGAACCUCUGUGGAAUGGAUUGAAGAUCAGAAAGUUCCUUAUGCAACAAAAGGACAAGAAUGGGUGGGAUUCGACAACAAGGAAAGCUUUGAGAAUAAGGUGAACUACCUAAAGAAGGAAAAGUUUGGAGGAGCUUUCGUCUGGGCUCUGGAUCUUGAUGACUUUAAAGGACAGUUCUGUGAUCAGGGCGAAUACCCCCUCAUUGGACAUCUCAGCACACUUCUUAAUAGAGAUUUCCCACCAGUUUCACCAAAUCCAACACAUGAGCCUGGUAAGACAACAACAACAGCAUCCAGCACUGGAUCUCAUGCCACAAGACCUCAUGUUGUCCCGACAGUCCCCUCAGAGUUCUGUGUUGCCAAAACAAAUGGGCUAUAUGUAAACCCAUAUGACCCUGCGACCUUCAUUCAGUGUUCUAAUGCCAUUCCCUAUAAAAUGGAUUGCCCUCAUGGGACUGUCUUCAAUCCUGACUGCUUGUGCUGCGACUGGCCUAAGAAUUAAACUCAUGUUGUCACUGUUCCACUCCUGCAAGGGAAAUGUUUAGAAAUUUGGCAGGUUUUUGCAAAACUAUUUGGCUAUGAUUAAUACUACUUUCAUAAAAUAACAUGCUACAUUUUGUUGUGUCUUAAAAAGCAAGCACAGUCUUACUUACCUGAUUAAAACUAUGAGAUUUUCUUGAGA